GCGGCGGACAGACGCACCUUUUUGAGUUAUUUUUCGUGUAAGAUUUGCGUACAUUUAUUUACCUUACGGUGAUGGGUACGGAUGAUCUUAAUACUUUAUUGUCGGUAGAAUUUGAGGUUUUUGGACAGGUACAAGGAUGUUUCUUCACCAAAUAUUGCAAGGAUCUCGCGCUGCAGCUGGGUAUUACUGGUUGGGUGAAGAAUACAAAGAUGGGAACCAUUGUAGGCAAAUUGCAGGGGAGGAAAGCGGAAUUGGAACACAUGCUCGAUUGGCUGAGCACCACUGGAUCUCCUGGCUGUAAGAUUGAAAGAUGUGAGCUUAGGAAUUGGGUUUAUUUGACGCGCUUUGAUUAUAAUGACUUUAGUAUACGUUUUUAA